GAGGGAGCCCCGCUCCCCCCGAGGCGGAGCCCGGCCGCGGCCGCCGCUGCGUCAAAGCUGUGCAAACACCGCCGCCGCUAUUUAAGGGGCCGCGGCGGAGCAGCCCCCGACAUCCCGCUUGGACGCACGGCGGCUUUCCGUGGUCCUCUUCACUCCGGCCUCGGGGAAGGAAGGGAAGGAGAAAGCGAUGUACGGCGGUAUCUGCAUCUGCGUGCUCCUUGCUGCGCUGUCGGUGAGCUCCUUCGGCCAGCAGCCCGCGGGCUCACACGAUGGCAGCCCGCUGGCUGCUGAGCUCCAGCAGAGCCUGACAGAGCCCCACCGGCACAACCGCUCACCCUCCUCGGCGGGGCCGCUGAAACCCGCCCCGCGGCUGGAUGGCAGCUUCGAGCAGAGGGCGGCUAUCGGUGCGCUGCUGGCCAAGUACCUGCAGCAAGCCCGGAAAGGUUCCACUGGGAGGUUCUCUGUCCUAGGAAACAGGGUACAGAGCAUUGAUCCCACGCACAGGAUAAAUGACAGAGACUACAUGGGCUGGAUGGAUUUUGGCCGCCGCAGUGCUGAGGAAUACGAAUACUCCUCCUAAAGAACAGCAAACAAUAGCAACAGGAAAGAAAUCACACUCCCAUGUCUGUACAGAAAGAGAAAAAUUAAUCUGUUGUCCUCUUCGAAUCAGUGUUUUAAAAUAUAUCAUGUAUUUGAUGUAAAUUUGUCUGUAAGACAAUGCAAUAUAUACACAUGCAGAAUUUUCCAGGAAAAAGAAAUGUUUUCUUUCUUUUGUGGUUUCUCAUACACCGAUAUUAUAUUAAAAUGAUUUCACUUACCCCUUCUCAUCCUCCUCGCCACAUGUCGCUGGGUAUCUCACUACACAGAGAGGCAGGAGAACGCCUUCAUUCUGCUAUGUAUUAUAUUCCAGGUGUGAUGUACUCAGACAAAUGAGCCACUUCUUAGGGAUAUCUUGUGACAUUUGCAGUAGCUGUGAACACUCUAAGGAGAAUUUGUCUGAACACCAACACAGCAGCACAGUACUGCCAGAAAAGACCUGCUAUCCUCACACUGACCCCAGCUGUGCAGAGUUGAGUGGUUGUAGUCUAUACACACCAGGGCUAAAGGGAGAAGGAAAAGAGGAAUGACACCAACAUGUUUCUCCUCCAUGGUAUGUUUAUUUUAUGUUGGGGACUAAAUGUGAAAGUUCUGCUGACAGCUGCAAAUCAUGGAAUAAAAAGAACAUUCCCUGC